GUGAUCAUCGGAGGGCUCGGCACCAUCUCUGCGACCAAGGACACCAUGUACAGCUUCAUGGGCGGGGGCCUCUUCUGUGCCUGGGUGGGCAACAUCCUCCUCGUGGUUGCCACAGCUACAGACCAUUGGAUGCAGUACCGGCUGUCUGGGGCUUUCGCCCACCAGGGUCUGUGGCGCUACUGCCUCAGCAACAAAUGCUAUCUGCAGACUGAGAGCAUCGCAUAUUGGAAUGCGACCCGAGCCUUCAUGAUCCUGGCUGCCCUCUGCUGCUUUGCGGGAAUCGUCAUUGGGAUCUUGGCCUUUGCCCAGCUGCCCACCUUCCACCGCCUCACGCGCCCCUUCUCAGCAGGCAUCAUGUUCUUUAUUUCCACUCUCUUCGUCCUUCUCGCCAUGGCCAUCUACACUGGAGUCACCGUCAGCUUCCUAGGCCGGCGCUUUGGUGACUGGCGUUUCUCCUGGUCCUACAUUCUGGGUUGGGUGUCUCUGCUUAUGACCUUCUUUGCAGGAAUAUUUUACAUGUGUGCCUAUCGAAUGCACGAAUGUCGCCGCCUGUCUGGGCCUCGCUGAGUCCUAGCAUCCUCUAUGGAGCCCUGGAUACUCCCUGUCCCUGACCCCAACAACAAACUGCCCCCCACCCUCCCAUUCACACUGGGAUCUGACAUCAAUGAAGGCUGAAGGAACAGGAAGUCUGGGUCCCUGAAGGGGUGGGAGUAGGGUGGUCCGGAUGCUUGAGUCUCUGAGGGGAGUAGAGCUGGGUCUAGCAGAGUCAGGAUACCUGGAUCUGGGGGAGGGGUGAGAGCUGGGGCUCAGACACCUGAGCCCCUUGUGGGCCAGCCAUAGGAGCUGGAUAUCUGGGCUACCAAAGAAUUUUGGGACAGGAGUCUGAAUGUCUGGGAGCUAGAUUGAGGCAGGGGGGAGGGAAGAAUGGAAAGGAUUGUUCUGACCUCUAAUAAAACUACUGUGAAGCCCACUUGUGGUCUCUGAGAUCAAUAUUUAUCCUAGUGUUUAUUGGGGUCCCUGAGGAAGUGAGGCUGAGAAGAUGAAGAUGCCUCAGUCCCUAAGGAGCUAGCAUCUGGGAGUCAGGAAACCCGGAUGUCUGACAGGGCAGGCGUGGGGUUUGGGAUGCCUGGUUCUUUGAGAGAGAGGCUGAGGAUCAAGAUAUCUGUGCCUACGAAUGGGGCUGGGGAGGAUUG